AUGGAGAUGCGGAGACAGCUCAGCCCCGUGGCCGAGAAAAAACAUGCGGGCAUUGUUUCCGUUGUUUCUGCCACAUUGUUUCUGCCCCAAGUCGUUAAGCAGUCAACGAUGCCGCCCAGGUUCAAGGUCAAGGCUCCUAAACUCCCAUCUACCGCAAAACUGAACCGCGAAGCAAAGAAGAAGAAAUGGGCUGGCAUGUCUCCUCUAGGGACACCGUCAAACCCUCAGCCUCAACCUUCGGAGGAGCAAGAAGUCAUGAACAUGUCUACUUACUUCAAAGAAGAUGGUACUUGGGAGCGUAAUGAGCUUGAGCUGUCACCGAGAAAGAAAAAGCGGGUGAAGGUUCUUGAAGAUAUGGUAGAAGAGUGCAGAGAAACUGCUGAUUUUGCAGACGAGUUUGUAGAGGAUAGAUCAAUCAUGAAUGAUGACGGGAAUCCAGAAUGGGAAGGCGAGCCAGACUCAGAAAACUGUCGAAAACGACCGCAGGGUACAAGUGUUCUCAUGGCGCCCUUACUAGAGAGGUUACAAGACAUUCAAGAUGCCUACAUUUCACAGCACUAUGAUCCCCGGUGUUGGCUAGGCGGUGUUUGCUGUGAGAAAUGCAUUGUUUCUCAGCACCGUGGAUCACCUUUCCAUAACAUCGAGAGCUGGAAUGGUCGAUUUUUUGAGUCGUCUAGUCUCGGUGAACUUGGUGCACGUGUAUAUCUCGGACAUGGAGGGGAGCCUUGUCCUGAGGCGAACGCCGACAAGCUUCAAAAAUUAACCUUGGUUCACACCACAGGAAUUCAUGAAAUCUUCGUGAAUUUCUGUUUUUGCGUAGGGCAUUCCUCGAACUUUCAGCAACUGCUCGAUUGCCACCUCUUCCCUGGAACUGUGGACUCACCUCGUUCUGUCUUCAGCUUCGAGGUUCUUAUCGACUUCCACCUUCAUACUCUCACUAGCAAGAAAGCAGCCUAUGAUUAUUACGAUGCUCUUAGAAGGAAAACUGAUCCUGUUCUCCCUCAUUACACGAAGGCAGUCCCGUUACCGACCGUUUUUGCACAAUCUCAUGGCGUCGAUACUCAUGUUCCGCAUCGACGCCCAGGAUGCACUGCACUCCAUUGCCCCGCUUGUCCUGAGCCAGGUUUUAACAUAGAUGUUGAUGAGAUUAGGGAUGUUAAACCUGAAUUCCGACAUACAGUCACUCGUUUUUUUGUGGUUGAUGGUUGCCACAGUGCUCAACGAUUGAAGAAGCGUGAUGACCCUGAUGAUGUGGCUCUGAACAGCGGCUCAGCCUACUUUGUAAAGCGUGAGCCGUUCAGAGCAUAUGCGAGCAAACAGACAGGAGAACCCGAUCCUCUUCAUUGCUCUCGACUACGUGCUGCUCGCAUGCAGAACAUCCUCAAAUUCAAGAAUGCUAUUGUAACGGGAAUAGUGGGCAUGAUCUGCACACGCCACGGCUUUUUUUAUCCAUCUGGUAUGGUCGACAUGGAUAGAGGCGAGGGAUACCACCUGGUGGAUUGGAUUAUUUAUCAGGGUUUCUCGAUGUAUCCAAAUCUCCGGUGGAUUUUCGGAAGUUAUGACCUAUGGUGUAUCUACAUCAAGAACUUCAUCAAGCGGUUGCGGAACAACAGCGAGUUCUUCAACAACGAAGAAACCCUAAAGCUAUUGGAAACAGUAACUGGUGCCAUUCCUCAAGGUCAUAUCGAUGGACACAAUGAUGACUGCAAAGCGAAGUAUCAUUUCGCCUAUACUAGGUUUGUUGCGAUGACCAUCGGGGAACUGGUAGAAACUCCUUGGGCAGUGGAGAAGCUGACUGGUGGAAGCACAAGGCACAUGAACGAUGGUCAUCGUCACGACACACUGGAUGAUUUCCAUGGCUUUUGGAACUGGCAAAAAUACCAAAAACUCGGAUCGGCACUGAAGUCCAAGUGGGCAAAAGCAGUGCAAAUGAUAGCGGAAUUACAGCCCACCUUCGACGAGCUUUCCGGUUCUUUUGAACCAACAGUUAUAGCAGAAUGGGAGCAGCUCUACAUCAAGCCAUUACCAGGUCCUCGUGAUGACGUUGCUGAAGAUCUUUUUGUAAGCCGUGUGGACAAGAAUAUUCCAUCCCUUAAGACCAGAAUAUCAGAACAGAUAACGAAGGAGCGAGUCAACGUGGACAGCCAAAGUCAACAGGCCCUCGAUGGUGUAACAGACUUGAUUCUAACGGGAAUCAACCUGGAUCGUACACGCUGCAAAAUAUUGCGUUUGGCCUCGCUUAGCAAUCCUCCCAAGGAUAAGCUGAAGAAGAUGGAUGCAGCACGCACUCGUUUUCACAAAGACAGUCUAGCAUUCAGCGAAAUGAUGUCUAGUUACUAUCCGGCACUGGUGUCGCUAAUUCAGUGCCAUGCAAAGGAUCUCAACCUACAGCAUCCUGAAAGGAACACUCUACCCCUCCCCAGUUCUUUCAAUGGUCAUGAGCGUAACGCGUGUGGUUUGUCCCAAGCAGCUGCUAUCGAAUGUAGCCUGCGUGAGGGUCUAGCACAUGACUGUCUAGAAGACGUUCGCAUACGUGUUCUCACAUACAACCAUAUAGUUGCUGUGAAAAAGGUUGAGGUUACAGGCCAACCUCUUAUUGCAUUGGGAUUGGAUGAACAUGAUCAAGAGAUACGAGCGUUAAAGGAGACUGAGCUAUGGUGCAGAAAUACGAGCAAGGCCAGACACCUUGGCUCCAGUCAACCAGAUCCCUGGUAUUGGUCAAUUGGGCGUCGAAACAUAAAUGAGGACUCAGAUGAGUCAGAGAAGUGGAAGGUUGAAAUGCACCGGGUUAAAUGGUUCCGUGACCGAGCAAUACUGGAUAGAUGGAAGGAGGAGAAAGAGAUUCUGGAAGCUGAAUAUCCCCGCAUAGUACAAGCACAUGCACAAAUGCAGGAGAUUUGGAACAUGCUUGCUGAUGAGCAUGCUCAGCUUGCAAGGUCUCUGAAGGUGGGAGUGGGCAACACCUCUCGACAAUGUAUGGUGCUGCUAGGAUACGAGUCAUAUGCCCAAAAACAGGCUUAUGUACAUGAAAAACUUGGGUUCAAUGUUGAAAGGGAGUGGCAGAUGAAGGAGAAGGUGAAGCCUAGUAGGAGAAAAUGGGAUAAGAGGGUGCAUAGUGAGGAUAAUGAGGAGUCUAAAGAUGAUGGCAAUGAUGAGUGGGAGACGGUGAAUGAUUUUGCCUAUCUUGAUGAGGAAGUAUUAGAUGAGGAGGAUUAA